UAUUUCCUUCUACUUUCUUGCAAACCAAACGCACUCUAAUAGCAGCGCCCCAUCCAUACAUUUUGUGUCGUGACUACUGAGCGUGAAAAAUAUCGAACUAACCAACUGAAGCGACUAUGGCAUCCCCCGCCACACUCGAUCACAAUCAGGUUCUGGUGGAACGUAAAUCAUCUGCGAGAGUUUUGACAUUGAACAGACCGAAGCAAUUGAAUGCCCUCUCUUAUUUUAUGGUUUCUAAGCUACUGGAAAUAUUUCAAAAUGAUGAGGGAAAUUCUGAUGUUAAAUUGGUUGUUGUUAAGGGAAAUGGAAGGGCAUUUUGUGCUGGUGGUGAUGUUGCAGCCGUUGUUCGCGAUGCAAGAGGAGGUGAUUGGAGGUUUGGUGCAAUAUUUUUUGAUACUGAAUAUAAAUUGAAUUAUUUGAUGGCAACAUAUAGUAAGCCUCAGAUUUCAAUUCUUAAUGGAAUUGUCAUGGGAGGUGGCGCUGGUGCUUCUAUACAUGGAAGAUUUCGCGUCGUUACAGAGAACACAGUAUUUGCAAUGCCAGAAACAGAUUUGGGCUUAUUUCCUGAUGUAGGCGCCUCAUAUUUCUUGUCUAGACUAGUUGGAUUUUUUGGAGAAUAUGUUGGUCUUACAGGUGCUAGGUUGGAUGGUGCAGAAAUGCUUGCUUGUGGUCUUGCAACACAUUUUGUCCCUUCAUCGAAAUUAUCGUUAUUGGAAGAAUCAUUAUGCAAGGUGGAAACUAGUGAUCCAGCUGCAGUAUCUGCAAUUAUUGAUAAAUACUCAGAGCAGCCUUUCCUUAAAGAGGAUAGUGUUUAUCACAGGCUGGAUGUAAUCAAUAAGUGUUUCUCUGGGAAAACAAUGGAAGAAAUAUUAUCUUCUCUUGAGACCGAAGCUAUGAAUAAGGCAGAUAAUUGGAUUUCUGCAACUCUUGAAACCUUGAAGAAAGCAUCUCCAACCAGCCUUAAAGUAUUUCUUAGAUUGAUUAGAGAAGGCAGGCUCCUAGGAAUUGGUCAAUGCCUUAUUCGUGAGUAUAGAAUUGUUUGUCAUAUUCUACAAGGACACCACAGCAAGGAUUUUUACGAGGGUUGUAGAGCUAUACUGAUAGAUAAAGACAGGAAGCCAAAGUGGGAGCCUUCCAAAUUGGAGCUUGUGAGUGAUGGCGAUGUUGACCGUUACUUCUCUAAGCUUGAUACCGAAGGAUGGAAAGAUUUGGAACUUCCCAAAAGGUUGAACAACUUGCCUGCACAUGCUAUUUCAAAGCUUUAAGGCAUCAACAAUCUCAACUGUUCAGCCAAAAGUGUACAAGCCAAUGAAUAAAACCGUUCAUUAGAUUCUUGAAGGUUGAAUGUAGCUUUAUUAUGAAUUGUCACAAUACAAGUUGAUUAUAUAUUAUUGAUAUCAACAAUAAAAUAAAUAGGCAGAUUAAAUUAAUGGAUACCUAAGCAAACCAUGAUAAAAGAAUAAUGAGAAAAUUAUAUAUUACAUAUACUAGUAUAGAUUGAAGGGAAACCUUUGUCGAAUUUAA